AAGCAGCAGCAGCAAAAGCGGACGGCUUACCACCUCCGUUCAACACUCUUCUCUUCCCCUCUUUAUUUUUUUUUAAACUUCUCUCUCGCUCACAUCUUUCACUCUUGCCCCCUCCCCCCCACACACACUUUCCACCUCUUCCUCGCUCUUAUUCUUCUUCUUUCACUCUCAUCGCCCACUCCACCGUCGAGUAACGGGGCAACUAGAAAUAAAUUUGGCUUCAAAUAAGAGCACGGUAGAGGAGGAAAUUUUUAAUUGCAAGAGGGAAAAAAAUCGUUGAGUAAAUUGUUUAUUUUAUUGUAAACAUAGAGGAUUAACAUUUUAAAAAAUCGUUAAAAAUCUUACUAAAGCAACGAACAGCAAAGCAAACUAGAAUAAUAAUUUAUAAAUACUGUAUUAACAGUACAGUACCUUAAGCCUAGUUUCAAAACGGGUUGCGGCCACCAUUAGCUGCGCAACAAUUCUAGCCAGAAUAAAUAUCGUCAUCAAACGCUGCUGCCUUCCCACAACCAGCCACGACCACCACAAUCCCCGUCUUCCCCCCACCACCCCGCCCACUGCUGGUCCAGUGCUUCUGAGUCGAGAGCGGGGCAGAGAAAUCAGCUGCAGUCGACCAAGUCAAAAGAGACCAGAAGAAUAAGCAGCACAAUGGGUCUCAGGGAGCGCAAAUCACCCUCGGAGACGGCUCUCGAAUGCCAACAGGCGGUGGACAAGAGCGGACCGGAGUAUGUGGACAUCCUGGAGAUUCCAGACCAGGAGGUCAACAAGAAGACAUCUGCCAGCGAGACCAGCAGCAGCAACGGCGGUCCUCCUCCCUCCAUCACCAGCAACGGCGCCGAUUCCUCCGUCUCCAAGGCGACGGAGGACGAUGACCUGAACAGCAGCAGCAGCGUCUCCUCUGAAUCGGCUCCACGCCGAGUCGUGUGGAGGAACGUGAUUCUCAUGAGCCUCCUGCACCUGGGAGCUCUCUACGGACUGCUGCUGCUGCCCGUAGCUCACCCAAUCACCUGGGCCUGGACGUGGUUCUGCUUCACGGUGAGCGCACUGGGCAUCACUGCGGGCGCGCACCGCCUCUGGAGCCACCGCUCCUACAAGGCCUCCUUGCCGCUGCGGGCUCUGCUCGCCGUCGCCAACUCCAUGGCCUUCCAGAACGACAUCUUCGAGUGGUCACGUGACCACCGCGUGCACCACAAGUUCUCGGAGACCCACGCCGACCCGCACAACGCCAAGCGCGGCUUCUUCUUUUCCCACGUGGGCUGGCUCCUCCUGCGCAAGCACCCCGAAGUCAUCACCAAGGGCAGCCUCGACCUCUCGGACCUGGAGAAAGACCCCAUUGUGCAGUUCCAGCGCAAGUACUACAAGCCCUCCGUUGUGAUCAUGUGCUUCAUCGUGCCCACGUUGGUGCCCUGGUACUUCUGGGGAGAGACCAUUCACACCGCCUUCUACCUGGCGGGGCUGCUGCGGUACACGCUGGCGCUCAACGCCACGUGGCUGGUCAACUCGGCGGCGCACAUGUACGGCAUGCGGCCCUACGACAAGACCAUCAACCCGCGGGAGAAUCGCUUCGUCACCAUCAGCGCCAUCGGCGAGGGAUUCCACAACUACCACCACACGUUCCCGUACGACUACGCGACCAGCGAGUACGGCUGGCGGCUCAACCUCACCACGAUGUUCAUCGACUUCAUGUGCUGGGUGGGACUGGCGAGCGAGCCCAAGAAGGUGUCGCGGGAAAUGGUGAUGGCGCGCAAGAUGCGCACCGGCGACGGCAGCGGGCGCAGUGGCUAGCCGAGGGGCCCGCCGCACGUGGAGCCGCACGACGCGUCCGAGGUGGGGGGGGGGGGGGGGUCGUGGGGGGGGGGGGUCCGGGGGGACGCACGUCACCGGCGGGUGCUGCCUCCUCCCCCUCACCCCCUACGGAAUCCGGCCGGCGAGCGGUCCACCCCCCGUCCCCGCCCGCCCCCUAACCGUGUUGACAAGGGGGGGGGGGCAGGGGGGGGCGGCGGUGUAGACAGAACGGGAGCAGCCCAAUCCUGAGGCUUGUCUCUCCGCGGGAAAAUGCGCCCCUCGCGUUGGGUUUUCGAGUAACGCGAAGCACUUAAAAUUAUUAUUUUUUAAACCCCUGAAAGAAACGUAAAAAAAAAACACUCGUGCGCACCGCACUUUAUGAAAUUUUACGCACAUCGUACGCCCCUUCCCCCCCCCCCCGCCAAAUCGUGGCUUCCGGGAAGGUGAGUCCGUGGGUCGAAUGCGUCUCACCUUUGCGGAGCCCGGUCAGUGAGCGCCGGUGCGCCGCGCUGUAAUUGCGUUCCCGAUGGGAAGUGGCACGCUAAAUAAACACGUUAAUGAGCAUCCACCCCCCCCCCCCCCUCAAAGGACCCAGCGGCCCGAUGCAUUUUCGCGUCUCCCGGCCCCGAGAGUGUCGUUUUGCCGGCGCCGAGCGCAAGCGCGUGACGCCGCGCGAUUGAUUUUUGGCCCAAGGCCGCCGGGAACCCCCCCCCCAACGCAUUCCGAUGGCUGCAGCGAUGCUGCUGGGUAGACCAGGUGACCGGGUAGUUGCCGCACGGACGGGGUCACUGCUGUGUGUGUGUCACCCAACUCGACUCAUCCCCCACCCCUGCCAACCCCAUCUCUCCCCUCCCAUCACUGACCUCUUCCCUUACCACCGCCCCUCUUUAAUCCCAUCUACUACUGCCCCUCCUUACCCUCAUUCAAUCCGACGCCCUACCCCUCCCAGACGGGCCAGGUGACAGUGAUGUCCCUUGUAACCUUGUGCUCGUUGUGAACCGCUUGACUUAGCUCUUACCUGUUUACUGUUUGCUCUAUGUAGCACAUGAUUUCGAAGUGAUAGGCUUAUACAUAUAUAUUUAGAUAUGUGAUGACAACAAAUAUUAAAACCACAGGUGAAAUUGCUGACCAUCUGUUGAAAACAAUAAUUUCUAACUUUGUGAGUUUUUGGAUCAGAUCUGGACCUGGAGCUUGUGAUAAGAGAUUUAGGCACAGGAAUCUUUAGUUCGUAUUUUUACAAACUUACUUUUGACUGUGCCAACUAAACAACGAAGAUCAGACGACACUGCUGAGCUUUUCAUCGAGUUUUAUUUAAUUGAACUGAUCAGGAGGCGUUUGAGUGUAUGCAGGCAAUCCGAUCGAUGUCUGAUUAACUGCUUUACUGUUUAAAGAAAAUAAUAAAAUGAAAAAAUGUCGACAGAA